AUGGCUACCGAAAAUGUGGGCCACCUACGGGAAUUCGAUCCGUUAAACUGCGAUUGGACUAUCUACAAACGUAGACUUGAAAACUAUUUUAUUGCAAACAAUAUCACCGACAAAACAUGGAUGAGAGCCAUAGUGUUGAAUUUGUUAAGUGAAGAUGCAUACCAAUUAGUGCAUAGUUUGUCUUUGCCGGCGGAAUCUGAGACUAAAAGUUAUGAUGAACUUAUAAAACUAAUUUCCGAACAUUUUAAACCUACAACAUCUGUGUUUGCAAGUAGAUAUAAAUUCUACAGUGCAAGAAAAGCUGUUAACGAAUCACCAAAGGAGUGGGCAGCUAAGCUCCGAAAUUUAGCUCUCCAUUGUGAUUUUUCGCAAGAUCAGUUAGAAAUGGUGUUGCGUGAUCAGUUUAUCAUUGCUUAUGAUAAAGGGAGUGUGCAGGACCGCUUGAUGGAAGAAAAAAAGUCAGUAACUUUCCAACAAGUCAUCGAACUAGCAGCAAGUAAAUCUGCUCCUUUAUCAUUUGCGCACAACGUCAAAAGGGAACCGGAAGUUCUGCAUAUACGCAACUCACAAGGAGCUAAGAAGAAGACACAAAUUUACAGAGGUGGUGGAUCCAGCACGCUCAUGGUCCAGGAUCAGCGGCAGAGUGGGAGACCCAACUGUUCUCGAGGAGACGUCCUGCAGCAGGAGCGGUUUCAGCGAGGAGCCAACUCAGCGAGAACUUCUCAGUCCCCAAAGUGUAAGGUCUGCGGCAGGCGAAACCACCUUGAGGCACAAUGUUCUUUUAGAGAAUGUUUUUGUCACAUUUGCAACGUUAAGGGUCAUUUGGCCAAUAUGUGUAAACAUAAAACAGGUAAAAAUUCUAAAACGAAUAACCUUGUGUCUUACAUAAAACCCAUUGAUCAUGAAAAUGAAAUGGAACCAGAACCAGAAGCACGUCCUUUGCCAUUUGCUAUUAAAGAAAAGGUUGAAAUUGAGCUGAGGCGAUUAGAACAAAUAGGUGUUAUUGAACCGGUUUCUUACAGUCCAUGGGGUACACCAAUCGUGCCCGUGUUAAAAAAGGAUGGCAGUGUCCGAAUUUGCGGAGACUUUAAAAUCACUUUAAACCCUUACAUUGAAAUCGAUCAGUAUCCUUUGCCUCGAAUUGAGGAAUUGUUUGGUAAACUCCAAGGGGGUGUUGAAUUUUCCAAAUUAGAUUUAUCCACUGCUUAUCAGCAAAUCUCUUUGGAUGAAACUUCGAAAAAUUUGGAAUCUAGCUUACCAAGUACUCUUGCUGGACCGGAUAUUCCUGAAAGGUUAAGUAUCGUGGAUUUGACCAACUCACCUGAAGGAUCUAGACCUAAAAGAAAUGUUAAACCAGUUGAACGUUUAAUAUACACUUGA